CGGUUACUCCUAAACAUGUAUGAAGGCAGUAUCAUGUAUACAUUCAUUUAGCUAACUCCUCAAUUCAGAUGCACUGUUUUUUAAAAUGUUUUAUAGUUUCGCAAUAGUAUAUGCCACCCUGCUAAGCAGUGGCAGCAGUAGGCCUAGGUUACACUCACUCAGUUUAUAAAGUUAGCUAGCAGCAAUCCUAGGGUGAUAUGUGAAUGAGCAUGCGAUGCCAAUUCAUCCACAAGCUCCAUUUAGCACAUUCACGUUGUUAGCCUCACUACUUCAUAAUGUUACUUGCAGUUUCAUAUGAAAGUGAAUUGGAAUAAAAUUGUCAGAAACUUAAGUUUACUUUCAAAUCGUUGCUUGGUUGAACGUAUCCAAAUACAAAUCAUUAGCUAACUAUGUAGAGUAAAUCAACGGCAAACAUCGAACGUGUUUUAGUUUGUGCCGUCUUAUUAUGGUGCGUUAAAGUAAAACCCUGACCUCAGCCACACGGAAAGCACGCUACAUUUUAACAUCAUAUACAGUCAUUGAUUUUAACACACCCACCAGAGACCAAAACGACGCCUUGUUCGAGUUAAUUUGAAUCUGCUAAGGAGGGAGUGGAGGUCUUCCGCCCGUCCUCUGCACUGCGAGCUGCUAUUUCUCCCGCUGCCUCAGAACAACACAGUCGAUUUCCGUUAGGCACCGACUGUAUGGGCAGAAUAACAGUAUUUUUUGACAGCACUAAGUACCAGUAUUUCUUAUUAUCGAAGACAGUUUGCGAGUAGAUAGCUACAUAUCAACGAUACAUUUUAUAUUCGUUUCAAGUGUUGUCUGUAGUGAGUAUGAGGCAAAGUGAGAAGUAGCAGCUAUCUUUGAGGAAAGAAAGUCAAAAUAAAGAUCAGAACCUACAGUCAGUAUUAUCGUUAGUGUUAUAAGUAAUUUCAAAUUUGCCAAAUUAGCUAGUUUGAUAGCUGGCCAGCAUCAUGACUCGGAGAUCAUGUGCAAUUUACGCUACUGGGAUUCUCUGCGCCCAUCUACUGAUAGUGGGCAUCGCAUUGGUCGUGGCUCAAGUCUUCCAAACAAUGAUUUACAAUCGGCUUAAAAAGGAAUUGACCUUGACUGAGGCGAGCCGAGUAUUUGAGUCGUGGAAGAACCCGCCUCCUCCAGUCUACAUGGAGUAUUACUUCUUCAACGUGACCAACCCUGAGGUGUUCUUAGCAGGGGGCAAGGCAGCUGUCACCCAGAUUGGACCUUACACUUACAGGGAAUACAGACCCAGGGAAAAUGUAACUUUCCUCGAAAACGGAACCAAGGUGUAUGCCCUGAACCCCAAAACCUUUGUCUUCGUCCCAGAGAAGUCCCGGGGUAAUCCAGAGGUCGACAUUCUGAGGACAGUCAACAUCCCAGCUGUGGCGGUGAUGAACGAGCUGAACUCCUACUCUUUCCUGCUGCGCACCUUCGUCUCCAUGUGGAUGAACUCCAUCGGUGUGGAAAUCUUCAUGACCCGCACCGUUCACGAGGUGCUAUGGGGCUUCAAGGACCCCCUGCUCUCCAAAAUCCACGCCAUGAAGCCAGAGGUGGACGAGAUGUUUGGACUGAUGUGGAAGAAAAAUGGAACUGACGAAGGAGAGUUUGUGUUCCUGACUGGCGAACGGGACUACAUGGAAUAUGGCAGAAUAGACACAUGGAACGGGCUGACUGAAAUGUCGUGGUGGUCCUCUAACCAGAGCAACAUGAUAAACGGCACGGAUGGCAGUGUGUUCCACCCUCUGUUGUCCAGGAAAGAGCUGCUGUACAUCUUCGCUGCUGACCUCUGCAGGUCUAUCCAUCUGGGUUAUGUUGAGGACGUGGAAGUGAAGGGCAUCCCAGCCUACCGCUUCGCCCCUCCACGAGAUGUCCUGCAGAGUCCUAAGGAGAACCCUACCAAUGCCGGCUUCUGUGUGCCAGCUGGGGACUGCCUUGGCACCGGGGUGCUUAAAGUCAGUGUUUGCCGAGAAGGUGCCCCUAUCGUGGUGUCAUUUCCUCACUUCUAUCAGGCCGAUGCCAUGUACAUUAAUGCUGUUGAAGGACUGAGCCCCAACAAGGAGGAGCAUGAGACCUACCUUGAUCUUAAUCCGACCACUGGGGUCCCCAUCCGUGCCUGCAAGAGAGCCCAGCUCAAUAUAAUUUUGAACAGAGUUCCAGGCUUUCCCAAAACCAAACAUCUAAACGUUACAAUUUUCCCUAUCAUGUUUGUCAAUGAGACGGCCACUAUCGACGAUGACUCUGCUACCCAGAUGAGGACCCUGCUGCUCAUCGUGACCCUGGUGUCCAACUUCCCUCUGCUCAUUGUGGGCAUGGGCGUCAUCCUGCUCGUAGUCUUCGUCCUCCUGGUCUGCAGGUCUCGCCAGAAGAAGAAUGAAGUAAAACGUAUUGAUUUUACUGAAGCUUUUCAUUCUUUUACUACGGCAAAAGACGAAACUGCCUACACUCAAGUCAGCGACAAACCAGAGGUUGAACCAUCAGAAAACAACCACACCAACCAGCCAAUGAGGAACGGCUCCUACAUCGCCAUGUCUCCUGUGGAGGCUCAGAAGUGUUGAUGGAGGCUGCAGUGUGCGGAGGGGAGGGGCAGGCGGAGCAGCCUGGGCGUGGUAUUAUAAUCAAGGCAGGGUUUUGCAGUGCGGACAGGGGUUUUCACUUUUGGAGACUGUCCUACUCUCCUGCUGAGCAUGGCCUUUCUUCCUGCCAUAGUGCAAAACAACAUCUCCGGUCUACUACUAAUGUCACUUGUCUUUUUUCUGUCGCGCUCACCGCUGGGUUCAUGACGAAAACACUAGUUAUCUCAGCCAGGACAAUAGGUUUUGUGAGUAUUUUCUGCACUUUGAAGUAGAAUAUUAGUCAAUGAUUAACAACCACUGAGCAACCACUAUCAGCCUUCCAACAGGGCUCAAAGAGCACUGACUGACUGUAGUAUUUACCUGAACAAUGAAGACCAGAAGGUCCUUUAACAUUUCUUUGUAACGGUGUUUGUGAGGUUACCUCCAAAACAACCCAACAGUUUAAAACCUUUGCUCCUUAAGUGAAAUAGUAUGACUAGUAGUAUUCCCUCCAUCCUUGUAACUGAGUUUUCAGCGACUCAGAAUGUGGGUUUGCUAACGAAAUUGUUCUUACUUACCAUAUCCUUUUGGACUGAGCCAAACUAUUCCUAUUAUGUUGAGCAUUUUCCUGAGAUAAAUCAGUCAGUUCACAUACCCAAGUUGUCAUCAGAAUUUGUGACUGUGUGUGCAUGUCUUACACUGUAGUGUCCUGUUUUGAUGACUAUGGGUUACUUUUUCUUGAUGCAGGCACUGUGUAGUAUGACAACUGAGAGAUUUUGCAUUUUUUUUGUUUACAUAUUGGAAUAUUUUGAAACAUUUUGAAGACAUGGCAAAGUCCUCAGAAGAUAAGGCAUUAGUAGAUAGCUGCUUUUCCCAUUAUGUGGUGUUAGGGGAUUGUACCUAUAGCCGAAGUAGAUAUACCAUAAACUUUCAUCUAAUAUUCCAAAUGGAAGAAAAACCUACAUUACAAGGGAGACUUGAACCUACUUUCUGCCUUACAAUUGUUCAGUGUGUUGAUUCUUCAUGUGGAUACGGUAAAAAGCUGGAUAUCUUAGUUGUACAUACGUAAUGGGGAAAUUAUAGGCUACCUCUGACCUAAUCCAGCAAGUAGUCAAAGGUGUGCCUAAAACACUUUUUCAUUUUAACAACAGUGUCGACCCAAAUUGUGUGUCUGCACUGAUACUUAGAAUAAGCACAAUUUGGAUUGCUAAUACAGUCCUCCUAAGGUAACAGGUCUUCGCAUAGACUGUAAUAUUAUACGUAUUAUAUUUACCAUUUUGUUUUGUAACACUGCGUUGUUGGGAAAGGGCUCGUAAGUAGGCAUUUCACUGUAAUACAAUAUUUGUUGUAUUAUGCGCCAAAUGGGCUUGUAUACGAUUUGAUUUGAAGACGAUGGGUGCCCUAUAAAGAAAACAUUUUUAAAUUCUAGAAUUAAGUCAGGCCCUGCUUCUGCUGUGCAUGUUAUGUCGAACAUAGUCAACUGGCUAGCCAAGGAGCUUCAGGUAUUCAGACAAACAUGACACUUGAAUCACUAUUUGUCUUACUGUAUGUUUUGAUGUGUUGUGUUUUUUGUUGCUGUUGUUGGUCUGUGUCGUGUCAAGGCUUUUGGCAGUCGCUUCUGGAAAAAAUAUACUAAGUCCAUAAUACGGUCAACUUCAAAAUGUGAUUCCUGCACUUUCCAAAAAAAGAAAACUUGCCCUGUAUUUUUUGGGGUUAUGUAAAAUGCAAUGGUCCUUCGGUGUAUUUCAGUGAUUUGACCCAGGGUUGUUUUUCAUUGGUUCCCGAGGUGUAAUUCUAGAUGGACACUUUGCCUUUGUUACUUGCUUUUCGGUAGAUAAAAUUAAUUCUUUCUUCAUCUAUUAUUGCUGCAAUUAAUUACCAUAACCUAUGGGCUUGUAUUUUUCAGUGGAGAAACCAUCCAUGCUCAUAUUCUGUUUAGGGUUGUUCCAACAGAAACUGGUAUCAACUCUUCUGAAUUGUUAAGUCUGGUCUGUGACCUCCUUAAAUGUUUAAGAAUAUUUGAGCAUAGGAUACAAUGCCCAAAGCUUGCUGUCAUUUACUGGAAUUAGCAGAUAACUAUAGAUAGCAAAAUUGUAACAUCAAUUAUCUUGGUUUUUAACCCCACUUCGGUUAACUGAUGAGGACUUGAUCUCAGUUGUCAUUGUGGCAGACCUUAGUGGCUGAAGAAUUGUCCAUAUUGAGAAUGUUUCUGUGGGGGAUGAUGGUUUGGGUUGUUAAAACGGGAAACUAUUUCUGGAGGUCUCGAUGGAUACUCUAGUAAACAAAUGAAGGAGAGUAUUAGUUUGUUUAGUAUUAGUUUGUUUGGUUGUGCCAGUAAGAACGUCUGUCAGACAUGGCUUUGGGGAUGUACUAUGAUAAACUGGUCCUGAUUUUAUAUAUCAUGAUUAUAUAUCAAGAACCAAUUCACAAUAGGCCUUCUUUUCAGUUUGAAACCUACUGUACUUGCAGGCAAUUAUUGCAUUGAUCAAGUAUGGCUGUAUCAUCACAGUAUAUCAUACUAUCCUUUUUUGACUUGAACAUAUAAGACCUCAAACCAGAGCCAUGUGUGUGUUGUAUGCUUAACAGUGCACAUGCGCACACACACACACCUGAGACACUGUCUGACUGACUAGUCCCAUUCACCUUUGUACCCAAUCAUUCAUGUCCAUUCGCUCCUCUGUGCGUGACCAAAGAUAACCUAUAUGGAUCUGUUCUAGCUUGUGUCUACUCUCCUCCGAGAUAACGGUUGUGCCACCGCCUACCUAAUAGUAAUUGCCCCAUAUACCUUUUCAACAGUGCACUAUUCUAGACCAGGGCCCAAAGGGCUCUGGUCAAAAGCACUGCACGGUUUAGGGAAUAGGGUGCCAUUUCAGAUGCAAGCCAUCUAAAACAGUGCCAGGAUCCAAUUGCAGUGUAUUUACAACAGUGUUUGAGUUGUCUUUUCCCAACAAGACAAAAAAAAAAAGGUUUUUAGAAUUCCAUAACUAUUGUUAAUAUCAAGAGACUGGGGCGAUAUGUAUUGCUUGUUAUGCACAAAUGCCGCUCUAAUGUGCGGGAGAAAAAAAUACGUUUUAUGUAUUGACACAACAAUAUAAUGUUAUGUAAAAAAAUACAUUUUAUUAAAUGUUUUUUUAAUCUGACACAAUUUAUGUAUCCAUAUGUUCAAUGUUGUCUUUGUUUUUCUGAAUUUGUAUGUUGUUUUUUUUUGUGGUCCCGUUUCAUUUCCGUUAUUUUUUUUUCUGUUUAGUAAUAUUCAACUGGGGGACAUCGAGCACAUUUCAGUUGAUCAUUGAAUUUUUAUGUCUCACAAAUGUUCUUAGAGAGAAUUCCUAGAUGGUCGUGUGUGUGUGGGAUGAUAAGCUUAUGUAGACAUUUUUGUACGGCCAAUGUACUGUUUUGUCAAACGGGAGUGAUUUAAUUGGAAGGCUGAUAAUGUGUAUGCAUGUGGAGGGAGAUUGCCUUAGUGCCUGGAUGGGUACAAGCAGAUUGCCUUAGUGCCUGGAUGGGUACAAGGGUCGUGUACAAGCAAUCUAACCCAUAGAUGAAUGAAGCCCUCCUUCAUGGAAAUUAACGGUAAUGCCAUACCAUCCUUUAUUUCCUUAAUUUGCUUUCAAGUAACCAAUUUAGUUAAGCAGUGUAGCAACUGUAUUUUUUUCACAUUUCAUUUUGUGUACGUUUCUAGAGGUCUCAGUCACCAUCUAACAGACAUUUUAAUGUUACUUCCUGAGUUAAAUGUUUUUUUGCUGCUGAAAAUGACAAUCGUCUCAUGUUGGGUGAAAAACGAUUUCACAUGUAAUAUACAUUAGUUUUAGUUUUGAUAAUUUACACUGCACAAAUGUUUAUACAAUGCUUUUGUAAACAUUUUUAGUGUAUUUGCCAAAAAAAUAAAGUAGCAAAGAAUACA